AUGGAGUCCUCAUCAGGCCUCUCUGCGAUGCCUACAUCGGGCGAUGAGCUCAACCACUCCUUAUUCAACCCCGCAAACACAACUUCAGAGUCUGAGGCGGCGCUGAGCCAGUCUUUUGGAAACGUGUUGCACUUCGACGAUCAAUUCACUGAGGCCAACUCGAACGAGUUGGACCAUAUCAUCCUGCCCGACCUCGACGAUGCGCACAUUGCCUCAAAGAUCCAGGAGUUUUCCCCAACCUCUCCUGCUCGAGACAUCUUCGAUGUCCCAGCAAAUGAGAAGCGCGCGGUGAACACUAAGGAGAGCAUCAACACCAGCGUCAACUCCCCUACGCCACCCAGUAACGCCACUGGUGUCUCCUCGACCAGCGAGAGCGCCGGUGAAUCACCACCUGCUAUCAUGUACUACAAGUCAUGGACUCGUGACGCGGCCGGAUACAGAUUCAGCGGAAAGAAUUUCAGGAACCGCCAGGUGGUCGAGGCGACCGCGGCUGACUGGUAUCGCCUGCUGCCACAGAACAGUCUCAAGCGUAAGAGGAUGUUCAAUGACCACUCCGACGAUGCCUAUGUGAGCAGCACCACCGCUCCGACUGGAACACGCCGCUCGGAGCGCCGAUCAAUGGUGGCUGCUACGGCGUCUCGGCAAGUGGAGUCGGACACAGAGUCCGACGAGAGCGACUCAGAAUACGAAGCUCCUCAGCGUUCGGGCAGACAGGUCAAGAGGUCGCACAAGUCUGCAAGCCUGCCCACGAAGCCUGUCGCCAAGGCUACUAGCCCUCUGGUCAGCGCUUCACCCAAGGCCACUCCUGUGAUCAAGCAGACUACGCCCAAGGUCACUGGCGCUCGUACCAAGGUCUCCAUCGCCUCUCCUCCUCCGUCCAAGAGGAGCACGCGCAACAGCCGCACUUCAUCAACCCCGGCCAUCCCGGCAGCGAAGAGAGGUACGCGCAACAGCCGUGCUUCAUCCCCUCCAGCGAACCCGCCCAAGACCAGAAAGACUGCCCCAAAGGAGACCAUUCUCACCUGGUCUUACGAAAUGCGGUACGUCCUGGACCGACUUUACGAGCACACCACCACCACCACCGGAGAAAAGAGAGAUAUUUUCAAUCAUGUCUUCAAGUCCGAGUUGACUCUUCUUGGUCUCUACAAGAAGAUCGACUCCGAGAAAAUGAGAAAGCAGUACGGUAGCAAGACCCGCGACGAUCGCCCAAUCCCGGAUCAAUGGAUCCAGAUCAUUGCCGAUGAACAAGUUGAUGCGGCCAACGACGCGGCGGGUAUUAUGGGUGGCGCGGAUCGUUUGCUCCGCGACACUAUUAAGGACAAGAUCGCUGCAGCAGCCCUCCACCUCAAUAUCACGUUGUAA